AUGUCUAAGAAGAGGGGCACUAAGGCCAAGCCGGUGGCCAAAAUAACUUCGAAAAAAGAAAACGAGCAGUUCCUCGAGGCUUUGAAACUAUACGAAGGGAAGCAAUACAAAAAAUCUAUUAAGGUACUAGACGCCAUCUUGAAAAAAGAUGCUAGCCACAUUGAUUCCUUGGCUUUAAAGGGUCUGGAUUUAUAUUCUGUGGGUGAAAAAGAUGAUGCCACUUCCUUUGUGGCCAAUGCCAUUAGAAAAAUUGAAGGCAGCGCAGCAUCGCCAAUUUGCUGCCAUGUAUUGGGUAUUUAUAUGAGAAACACCAAAGAGUACGAAGAAUCCAUCAAAUGGUUCACAGCAGCUUUACACAACGGCUCCACCAACAAGCAAAUUUAUAGAGACUUAGCAACUUUACAAUCGCAAAUUGGAGAUUUCAAGAGUACUCUGAUUUCCAGAAAAAAAUAUUGGGAAUCAUUUCUCGGCUACCGUGCCAACUGGACAUCGUUGGCAGUAGCUCAAGAUAUUAAUGGUGAAAGGCAACAAGCCAUUAAUACGCUAUCUCAAUUUGAAAAACUUGCUGAAGGAAAAAUUUCUGAUUCCGAGAAAUAUGAGCAUAAUGAGUGCUUGAUGUACAAAAACGACAUUAUGUAUAAGGCCGCUGGCGAUAAUCAGGAUAAGCUGCAAAAUGUCUUGAAACAUUUACACGAUAUCGAACCGUAUGUUUUUGAUAAAUUUAGUUUAUUAGAGAGAAAAGCAUCUGUUCACAUGAAAUUGGGCCAAUUGCAAGAUGCGUCUAUUGUUUAUAGAACUCUGAUCAAGAGAAACCCGGAUGAUUUCAAGUACUACAGGUUGUUGGAAGUAUCCCUGGGAAUUCAAAAUGACAAUAAAUUGAAGAAGGCCUUGUAUGGUAAACUUGAGCAAUUUUAUCCAAGAUGCGAACCACCUAAGUUUAUUCCGUUGACUUUCAUUCAGGACGAAAAAGAACUUUCCAAAAAAUUGAAGGAUUACGUUCUGCCCCAAUUGAAACGUGGUGUUCCAGCAACUUUCUCUAACGUGAAGCCUCUCUAUCAAAGAAGGAAUUUCAAGGUCCCUCAACUGUUGGGAAAAAUCGUCCUUGAAUAUUUGUCCGAGUUGGAUGGCACGCAAGAUCCAAUUCCAUUUAUCUGGACCAAUUAUUACCUGUCUCAACAUUUUCUUUUCUUAAAUGACUUCCCCAAAGCUCAAGAAUAUGCCAAUGCCGCACUUGAUCACACACCCACUCUAGUUGAGUUUUACAUUCUAAAGGCACGCAUUUUUAAGCACUUAGGGCUAAUGGACACAGCAGCCAAGCAUCUAGAAGAAGGUAGACAACUGGACUUACAAGAUAGAUUUAUCAAUUGUAAGACAGUCAAAUAUUUCCUGAGAGCAAACAACAUCGAUAAAGCUGUCGAGAUCGCGUCCCUGUUCACCAAGAAUGAUGACUCCGUUAACGGUAUCAAAGACUUACACCUUGUAGAAGCUUCUUGGUUUAUCUUAGAACAAGCAGAAGCUUAUUAUAGAUUGUACUUAGAAAGAAAAAAGGAACUAGAUGAGUUAACAUCCUUAAAGAACGAGACAAAAGGUGAAGAAAGUGAAGAAACUGCAAAUGAUAUUAGGGAUAAUCAAUGGCUUGUUCGCAAAUACAAAGGUUUGGCGUUGAAAAGAUUUCACGCCAUUCCUAAAUUUUAUAAACAAUUUGAAGAUGAUCAGUUAGAUUUCCAUUCGUACUGUAUGAGAAAAGGUACACCAAGAGCUUAUUUGGAAAUGCUGGAAUGGGGUAAGACACUUUACACCAGGCCUAUGUACGUUCGCGCAAUGAAGGGAGCAUCAAGACUUUACUUCGAAAUGCACGAUGAUCACUUGAAAAGAAAGUCAGAUUCUUCAGACGAUAAUUCAGAAGACAUCGGAACCAAUGGCCAAAAUAGUACUAGUAGCCAGAAAAAGAAAGCUAAGAAGGAAGCUGCUGCCAUGAACAAACGGAAAGAAGCUGAAGCCAAGAGUGUUGCAGCUUAUUCGGCUGACCAAGAUGAUGAUAUAUUUGGCGAAAAACUGACAGAAACUACCACGCCAAUGAAAUAUUUCGCAACCGAAUUUUACGAUAACUACUCCAAACAAGCCAGGGAAGAUGAGAGAGAUUACAUCUUGGAUUUUGAGGUCAAUUAUAGAGUUGGAAAGUUAGCUUUGUGUUUUGUUUCUUUGAACAAAAUUGCUAGAAAAUAUGGCCCCACGAGCGGGUUAUUUGGAAGUGUGGCGAUUGUAUUGUUACACGCUACAAGAGACGAUACCCCCUAUGAUCCAAUUUUGAAAAGGGUAGUCACAAAGAGCUUUGAAAAGGACUACUCUGAGAUUUUACCGUUGAAUGAAAUUUCUAACGAUGGCUUCGAUUGGUUGAAAUUCUAUCAAGAAACCUUCAGUGAAAAAGAAACAAAAGGCCUGCUUUUCCUAUACCGCUACCGUGAGGAUGUCCCCAUAGAACAAUCUGCUCUGAAAGAAGUGAUCAUUGGCGGUCUUUCUGACUUGGAACCUCGCGCUCAAAACGAGAUUUUGCAGUACCAACUAUAG